AUGCGAGAGCCAUGACAAUGGUUUUGAAGAGCGUUUUGGUUACAUGUCCACUGAUAGUAUUAAGGUUUACGAAAGAGAAAAUGUUAAUGGGCAGUGUUGUGAGAUCAUAUGCCGGAACAAUUGUUCUUGUGAGGCUUAUGCACCAGUGAAUAGAAUCAACAAAACUGGAUGCCAGAUAUGGCUUAAAGGAACCAGGUUCACUGAAGAUGCAGGGUCAAAAGGACAGUCCAUUUAUAUUGUUAGACUUCGGCAAGAAGUAAACAGGUGGUGGAUAUGGCUUAUUAUUGCGGUGGGAGGAAGCCUAGUAUUACCUUUGAUGUGCUACUUAUGCUAUGCCUCAUUGAGAAAAUAUAGAGUAGAAGUGGACAGGAAAACCAGGCAAAAGAAGAUAUUACAUGAAAUUGGAGGCAGUGCUUUGAUUUCCAUGGUGUAUGGCAAAGCCAAAAGAAACAAGAAAAAUGGGAAGGAAAGGAAUGAGGUUGAAAUUUUCAGCUCUGAGUGCAUUGUGGUUGCCACAAACAAUUUCUCAGAUUCUAACAUGCUAGGAGAGGGCGGUUUUGGUCCUGUGUACAAGGGGACGCUAGCAGAUGGGCAGGAAGUUGCAAUAAAACGGCUGUCUAAAAGUUCUGGACAAGGGCUUACAGAAUUCAAAAAUGAGGCUAAACUUAUGGCUAAAUUGCAGCACACUAAUCUUGUGAGGCUUUUGGGGCUCUGCAUUGAAAGAGAUGAAAGAAUUAUAGUUUAUGAGUACAUGCCUAACAAAAGCUUGGAUUUCUACAUUUUUGAUGCAAGCAGAAGAAAUGUACUAGAUUGGGGAAAACGAUUUAGCAUCAUCGAAGGAAUUGCCCAAGGACUUCUUUAUCUACACAAAUAUUCAAGACUAAGGGUCAUACAUCGUGACUUGAAGGCAAGCAAUAUAUUACUCGAUGAAGAAAUGAAUCCUAAAAUAUCUGAUUUUGGCACGGCUCGAAUAUUUGGAUUAAGAGAAUCUGAAGAAAACACCAAUAGAGUAGUCGGUACACGUGGCUACAUGGCUCCAGAGUAUGCAAUUAAUGGCAUUGUUUCGAUCAAAAUAGACGUAUUCAGCUUCGGGGUGUUGUUAAUAGAGAUUCUUAGUGGCAAAAAGAAUAACAGUGGAUUUGAUUUAGAUCGUCCUUAUAAUCUAAUAGGAUAUGCAUGGAAGCUCUGGAAUGAAGGUAGAGUUUUAGAGCUAAUGGACUCAGGAUUAGAUGAACCGAGCGUGCAAAACAAAGUGCAGAGAGGAAUUCAUAUUGGCCUCUUGUGCGUUCAAGAUCAAGCAAAAGACAGGCCUUCCAUGUUAGAUGUAAUUUCUUUUCUGUCAAAUGAUUCUAUUCAACUUGCCAAACCAAAGCAGCCAGCAUACUUUAUCGGUGACGUUGAGGAAGAGUCUGAGCUACAUAACAUCAGGCAAGAACAUUAUUCCACAAAUUAUGUCACAAUCUCUGAUCUAGAUGGUAGAUAACUGGUCCCUC